AUGUUCUUCUGGCUUGCACUUGUCGCUCACGCACGAACUGCUAACGCUGUAGCAGGGGCAUUUGACGCCGCGGGCAUGACUGGUUGCACGGACAAUUGUCGCACACUCUACGACAUUGUCUCCGGCUGCCUGCUUACUAUAUUCGCCUGCGUUUGGGUCUCUAUCCACCCAAACGUUCCGAAACCCCCUGCCCUUGCUGAGCCCGGCCCGGACACCAGCAUCGUCGCCCGGCUGAGGUGGAAGCUUGUCCAUGGCACGCAUCCGUUCCGUGCGCGGCUCAAGCUGAUGCUUGUUGGCGUGCUGGCACCGGAGCUUAUUGUUGGGCUAGCCCUGAGGCAGAAUGCGAUGGCGACGAGGUUUUCUACGCUCCUCGGUGUAUCCAAGACCCACGGGUUCUUCAUCGGCAUGGGAGGUCUUGUCAGCGUCGACGGGGAUCCGCUCGUAACGGGUGAACAAGUUGCCGGCCAGCACCUAGUGUACUUCCACUCCCAAAAGAAGCCUGACAUGAACCACCCAACCGUUGCGGCCAUCCAGGCUAUUCCGCGGGAGGUCAUCACAGACAAGAGCAAGGGCGACGUUUACAGCAAGGCAUUGGCACUCAGCCAGAGCCUCUGGUUCAUCCUCCAGUGCCUGGUGCGCUUGGUUCAGCGCCUACCGCUUACCCAGCUUGAGGUGGCGACACUCGCGUUCACCGCCGUCAACUUCUUCACGUGGGUUGUGUGGUGGGACAAGCCGCUCGAUGUUGCAGAGCCCUUUGUGGUCGUUGGAAACACGGUCCGCGUCCAGCAGCCUGUUAUGAGAAAACGAGUGUCAGGCCCGGCACUAAUGCCAUUUCGUCGACGCUUCCUGCGGCUACUUGGCUUCCGGCAGUGGUGGGACGGCUUUGACCCACAACGGAUGCGUGCUGUGCCAACAUUCUGGUUCGGCUGGGGAUAUGACACGCCGCCGGGCUUGGAGCACAUAUGUCUGGUCCGCGAACUUCUCGUCGCGUGCCUGUUCGGGGCAAUCCACUGUGCUGCCUGGCGGGCUGCCUUCCCAUCCACGGCGGAGAUGCAAAUCUGGCGCGUCACAGCGAAGAUGCUUGCAGUUGUGCCGUUGGUCGCGAUAUGCAUACUACAACUGGGGCUGGACUCGUGGUUCAUUGUUGGCGACAACUCGUGGACGGUGACACAGAAAAUUAUUCAGGCGCUGCUGCUGCUCUAUCUCCCCAGCCGGCUCGUUACGUUGGUGCUUCCCUUUGCCGCUCUGCGCACCGUUAACCCGUUGGUUUACGUUGAUGUGGAUUGGAGCGUAUAUAUCCCUCAUCUCGGGGGUUAG